CUGAGAGGAGCGCGAUGCUGGCGAAGCUGGCAAGGGUGGUGGUUCUGCUGAGAACCCGCCUCCUGUCCGGCCAGGGCGGCGGGCGGGGGCUGUGGACCGGCCGCCCGCAGUCAGAUACUGACAAUAUGAAACCACUGGAAGGUGUUAAAAUUCUGGAUCUGACAAGAGUUCUGGCGGGACCUUUUGCUACUAUGAAUUUGGGAGAUCUUGGAGCUGAAGUUAUAAAAGUGGAACGACCAGGAGCUGGUGAUGAUACACGAACAUGGGGGCCACCUUUUGUGGGAACAGAAAGUACAUAUUUUCUCAGUGUUAAUCGAAAUAAAAAAAGUAUAGCUGUUAAUAUCAAGGAUCCAAAAGGGGUGAAAAUCAUCAAAGAGCUUGCAGCUGUUUGUGAUGUCUUUGUGGAAAACUAUGUCCCUGGCAAACUGUCUGCAAUGGGCCUGGGUUAUGAAGCUAUAGACAGGAUUGCUCCUCACAUCAUCUACUGUUCCAUCACAGGGUAUGGCCAGACGGGCCCAAUGUCUCAACGAGCUGGUUAUGAUGCUGUUGCCUCUGCUGUUUCUGGUUUAAUGCACAUCACAGGGCCAGAGGAUGGAGCUCCAGUUCGUCCAGGAGUGGCCAUGACUGACCUUGCCACUGGCCUGUAUGCAUAUGGAGCCAUUAUGGCUGGUUUGAUACGAAGAUAUAAAACUGGAAAAGGCGUGUUCAUUGAUUGUAACCUACUAUCAUCUCAGGUGGCAUGUUUGACCCAGGUAGCUGCCAAUUACCUCAUUAGCCAAAAGGAAGCAAAACGCUGGGGCACAGCUCAUGGAAGUAUUGUUCCUUACCAGGCUUUUAAAACCAAAGAUGGCUAUCUUGUAGUUGGAGCCGGAAAUAACCAACAGUUCACCACUGUGUGCAAGAUCCUGAGUUUACCUGAGUUGAUUGAUGAUACCAAGUAUAAAACUAACCGCCUUCGGGUACAGAAUAGGAAAGAGCUCAUUAAAACGCUUUCUACACGGUUUGAAGAAGAAGUGACCAGCAAGUGGUUACAGCUCUUUGAAGGCAGUGGGGUCCCAUAUGGUCCAAUCAACAACAUGAAGGGUGUAUUUGCAGAACCCCAGGUGCUACAUAAUGGCCUCAUCAUGGAAAUGAAGCAUCCAACUGUGGGAAAUAUUUCAGUUCCAGGCCCAGCUGUGAGAUACAGUAAGUUCAAGAUGUCAGAGGCCAGGCCGCCUCCCCUGCUUGGGCAGCACACAAAACACAUCCUGAAGGAGGUCCUCAGAUACGAUGACAGGGCCAUUGGGGAGCUGCUCAGCGCUGGAGUGGUGACCCAACAUGAAACUGAGUGACAAAGGAAAAACGUCCUUUCUCAAAACCACAAUUUGAAUUCACUUUGCUGGCAAAGGAAAUAUACUAUCUGGACCCUUCUUCCAGUUCUGAUGCCACUGAAAAGAAGAGUUAGAAUAACCUCAAACUUCCUGCCUGGAAACACCAGGAUAAUUCUGCAAUCAAGGAUCCUAGUGCAUUUUAAAUGUACUCUAUCUUUUGUUCUAUGCUAUUAUUUUUUUUUCAGAUAAUGAUAUAAAUGUGGAUUUGUAGAAUUUUAAAAUAAAGAUUUAAAUUUUGGUUCUUACCACCAAGAAACGAUAACUAUUUGCAGUAAUAAAUGUACUAAUUGGUCUCAUCUGCCCAUUCUACAAUGUAAACAUAUAUAGAAGCCUCACAUUGUACCCUGAAAAUACAUAGAAUUAGUACUUGUUGAUUAAAAAUAAGACUUUAAAACAAA